AUGUCGAACCAAAGAAAGAACAGAGCUCUAAUCAUUGUCAAUUAUGAAUUCUACCAAACUAAAUCUGAUGAGAAACUCCCGUCAAGACCUGGAGCUAAAAAGGAAGCAAACAGGCUUUUUAAAGCACUGUCCAAAUGCAAUUAUGCUGUGAAACUUUACUAUGAUUUGACAGCUAAGGAAAUAGAAGAGCUUUAUGAGGAAGAAUGCCAUGCAGAUCACGGAGACUGUUUUGUGAGCAUCAUUUCCAGUCACGGCCAGGAAGGGAGUGUGUUUGAUUGUGAAGGACAGCCGGUUCAACUCACGCAGAUUUUCAAGGCAUUAUCACCCAAAAGAUGUCACAAGCUAACAGGAAAGCCCAAAAUUUUCUUCAUACAGGCCUGCCGCGGAGAGGACAUCGAUCAUGGCAUAUUCCUCCAGACAGAUAGUGGUGAACCACAGGUUGACUGUUUCUCACACUAUCUCUCCAUCCCUGAAAAUACUGCAGUCAUGUUUUCAUGUAGCCCAGGCUAUGCCUCCUUUAUCAACCAAUGGGAAUCAAUGUUCUUCAAAGCCUUACUAGAACUGUUAGAAGGGGAGGAACGCCAUCUCAAAAUUGCUCGUUUGAUGACCCGAAUUAUCUGGAAAGUGGCCUUCCACUGCGAAGCGAGAGGAACAUACGCUGGCAGCAAAGAGAUGCCCUGCUUUGUGACCAACAUGGUGGAAGACAUUUGCCCGUUUUCCUCAUCAGGUAGCCAUAGGACCCCAGAAAGGACAGAAUAACAUGGAUAAGGAUAACCCAUACUUCAAUGCUAUCAGUGAUCACAGGAUAAGAAGGACCAGCUUAAUAUUUUUAUGGACUGAAAUGGCAACCUAUUAUUUCUCCGCUAGAGCAGAACUUCUUAAACUUUUUUCACUCGCAGCCUCUUUCAAACUGAGACAUUUUUUCAUAACCUGAGGUAUACAGAUAUAUAAAAAUAAUUAAAUAAUCAAAAUACACAAAUAAAUCAACAGAUUGAGAUUCAGAGGAGAAAUCCAUUUUUACUUCAAGGUCUGUGAGUAGACUCUUUUUCCAGCUAUGAAGAGACAGAUUUAGUGCAUCCAUGUAUAUGCAUGAAAAGGUAAGGAAUAACCACACAACCCAUCCUGUAUAACACAUGCUCCGUUUAU